AUGGGGUCGCGAAGCUACGACAGAGCGCUCACUGUUUUCUCGCCAGACGGGCAUCUCUUCCAGGUCGAAUAUGCACUGGAAGCCGUGCGAAAGGGCACUUGCGCUGUCGGCGUGAGAGGACAGGAUGUCGUCGUGCUAGGGGUAGAGAAGAAGAGCGUGCUACAGCUGCAAGACCCGCGAACGGUGCGGAAGGUGGCCAUGCUCGACGAUCACGUCUGUCUAGCCUUCGCAGGUCUCACGGCAGAUGCGCGCAUUCUCAUCGACAAGGCUCGCAUCGAGUGCCAAAGCCACCGUCUGACGGUCGAAGAUCCAGUGACGAUCGAGUACAUCACACGACACAUCGCAGGGAUACAACAGAAAUACACGCAGUCGGGUGGUGUGAGACCAUUUGGUAUCUCCUGUCUCCUCGUCGGCUUCGACGCGAAUGAUCCCAUGCCGCGACUCUAUAUGACCGAACCGAGCGGGAUAUUCUCGGCCUGGAAAGCAGUCGCCAUCGGUCGAUCGUCUCAUACCGUUCGCGAGUUUCUCGAGAAGAACUGGAAGAAGGAUCUCAACAAGGACAAUACGAUCAAAUUGGCCGUCAAGAGUCUGCUCGAAGUCGUUCAGACGGGCGCGAAGAACAUCGAUCUCGCCAUCAUCGAAGGACACGGCAAGAUACGCACACUGACGCUCGAAGAGAUCGAGGCCGUCGUCGCGGUGAUCGAGGAAGAAAAGGCGGCAGAGGCAGAGCGGAGAUCGCAAAGGUUGGCAGCAACGGCGGCAACCCAAGCGGCCAUGUCUGCCCGUCAACAACAGCCAGCAGCGCCGUCUGACGAUGUCACGAUGGACUAA